CGGACAGUAGAGGGUGGAGGAAAAAAAAACGGAGGAGCUACUCCUGUUUACAACCACAUAAUGGAGUCCAAAUGGCCAAAUACGAUUCGCAAGCGUAUAUUAUUUACUGGAUUUACGCUUUGUGUUGUGUUAGCCACAAAACCCACAUCUGCGAUCGACAUACACGCCGAUCCUGAGGUAACGGUACAGAACGGCACCGCGGGGGUUCUUCGAUGCACCUUCAAGUCCAGCGAAGUGGUCAGUAGCCACACCACGGUGACCUGGUACUUUCAGUCGAGCCAGCCGGACAAUCAGUUCUCCAAAGCUCCAUAUGUGAUUUACUACUUUUCAAAUGGGCAAGGAUUCCCGGGACAAGAGGAGUUCAAAGACAGAGUGCAGUUCAUUGGGGACAUCAACAAGAGGGACGUCUCCAUACAGCUGAGUCCCACUCAGUUCAGCGACAAUGGCACCUUCUUCUGUGACGUGAAGAACCCACCAGAUGUGAAGGGGACGCAGGCUCGAACAGAGCUUAGGGUCGUGCUGAAAGAGUCUCUUCCUCAGAGCAAAACUACCGUUAUAGUUGCAGGAGUUUGUGGUGCUUUAGUGCUGCUCGUCCUCAUUGCUGUUGCUGCCUGCAUUGUCAUGAGGGUGCUUCACAAUCGCCAUGAUUAUGAAGGCUGUACGUCCUUGGAAAGCAUGAACUCUGAGGCUCCGCAGCCUCGAAAGAAGGUGGAGUCCAGAGUGGAGGGCUCCAGGUCUACCAGUCCCUCGGGUCAGCGACAGGGCCCGGUGAUAUACGCCCAGUUGGAUCACUCAGGCAGCAAAAACUCCUUCCAUAAGAUGGAGCCCGUGGUCUACGCCGACAUUCGUAAAAACUGAAGAGGAACCGGGGACCAAAAAAUAAGUAAACAAAAUACAGUAAAAUAUGAGACCUCUCUAUCAGCUGCUCUUGGGAAGGGUGGGGAUAUCUCAACAGGGACACAAGUGGUGCAGUUUCUCUCUUUCCUCUAUCUCCUUUCAUAUUUUGUCCUCUUGAAAGCAUGAUGAUGUUAUACAAUAAAGUAAUGUCUCCAUGUGCUUUGUUGGAAAAAAAAAAAACUAUGAAAACACUAGUCUGUUACAUCAGCAUCAGAUUUGUUCUCCAAAACAGUGGUACACAUAAAAAUAAGAGCCUUCGGUUAUCAUUGCAAACAUUUUUAUUUUUGUUCUUGUAGCUCUGUGCCCCCAUGAAAGGUUUAGCAGGCUGUUGCACCAACUCGGCAAUCAUUGCUUGAGCUUCGCACACCUUAACUGAGCGAGCCCCGUUUAAAACACCGGUUUAUAAACCUUUUCAUCCAGAGAGAAGACGACUUUACGAAGCAUUUAUUUGAUUAAAACUCGCAGCGUUUGUCUUACAUUGCCUUAUCAUUCAUUAAUCACUUCUGCAGUAACUUUGGUGCUUUUAUUGACCAAUGAAAAUGGUCAUAAACUGUACAAACAGCAACAUCAAUAAAGAUCAAAGAAAUUCUACCAACGUCAAAACCUCAAGUUACAUAUUUGUGUUAUAAACGGCAGACUGUAGUCGUCACAAAGUCUCACCUGUGCCCUCAUCUGAUCCGACUGAUGGGGGAUUGUGCAGCAUUUAGAUAAGUGUAAACAGAUGUAGUGUGGUUCAAACAUUGUGCUCACAGUGUAGAGUCCCAUUAAUGAGCCGGGCAGACGCUCCACCGUUUUAUUCUUGUGUUCACUCGCUGGCCUUUCCAAGCUCCUGAGCUCACUGCGUACGCCUCAGUCAUCCUCUCUCACAGCAGAAAACCCGAUCAGCCUGUUCACCGAUCAGCCCAGAAAUUACUAGAAAGAAAAAUAGAACAUGGAUGGAGAAAUGUCUAGGAAUUUAGGACGAAGCCUGUUACAUCUAAUGCCGGGUUCAGACUACACAAUAUUUUUCUGUUCUGAUGAUGGCCGUGAUUAUAGAGUCAUAAAAUCUUGCCUUUUUAUACCCGAGAGUGCCUGACAGCACUGAAAAGGAGGUGCUGGUGAUUUCCAGGAGAAAACAAAAUAAAACUAUAACCAGAUGACGUCCGCCAGAGUGGUGUGCAUGACACUGGCUGUUUUGGUUUUAACACAUAGAGAUUGACUAGCAAAACCGGCAACAUUAUUCAGGUUAAACAAAUAAAUAGUCAUUUUGGUGAUCCAGUCAGAGGCGAGGCAAGUCAGAGGGAGCCAAUUUGGCAGCACCUUUGAAACCCCUGUUUACAUGAGCAGGGAGAGACCCUCAGCAGUAAUUUCAGGGGUCACAUCAAAAAUUGCAUACGUAAUAUUACCAGUCGAAUUCUCAUGACAUCACCCUUGAAUAGUGUUUUAAAAGCUUUGUUUUACUUCCAUUAUGCGCAGACAGUGAUAUUACACCAUAUCGACACGAUCAUCCCAACAGAACGCUAAGAAACACAGAUCGAGGUUAUGUAAGCGGUUAGCCAAGACAAAGCAUAACGGUACACUUACCAGCAUCUUUAGUAUGAACGUGAGUAGAGUCCUCCUGCUGGAAGUGUCCUGGAUGGAGCAUUGUUUUUUUUGUCUUUUUUCAUUACGAUCCACUACACUAGAUACACUCACUUCUUCUCAACACCUAUUUUUAUUCAUAUUGGUCAGCCUGACACAGAAAUCACCGAGCUAAAGUCCCGGAUGAGCUGAAGUCCUGGUCAGCUGGGCUUGCCACACUGGGAAACCACUGAAAUUACCUCAACAGUAAUUUCAGUGCUCAGUGGUACAUAAAAACUUCAUUUAAAUACAGUUUAAGAAGGUUUUUUUUAUCCUUCAAGUUUUACUUUAUCAGCUACUCAAUCCUGAAAGACAACAUGAUGCUCAUCCCACUAGAACGCAAAAGCAGUCCAAUGCAUAUUCACAUUGUGGACACGGUGCGCCCCAAAAUAAAGCAAAAUUGUACACUUACUGAUAUUAUUCCUACAACAAAGGGCAGAUGUGUCUCCUACCACACAGCUGGAACCUUCCCUUCAGAUAAGUUUCUAACAUGCCAGCCUCUCUGUUGAGGUGAUACAUCCCAUAUGCAGCAUCAGUUUCCAUCCAUUAUGACACACUACAUAAGAUAAAAUGACUGACGCUUGUGCACAACACCCGUUUUUUUGUUCCUGACUUGAACCCGUGCCCUGCGUCAUCACAGACUUGGAUGUAUUCGGGCCAAUAGGCUGUAGUCUGAACUCGACAUUAGCCGAAUUAAAAAGGAAAAACACUCCAGUAAAACGGUUAAACCGUAACUUUUUCCCGGUGGGAAUUCAGACGUACUGUAACAUGAGUCAGCGGUGACCGUUCAGGGUGAAAGCGGGGCCAGCAUGUACUGUAACCCGUCUGUCUGGCUUCAUAUCUGAACCUCUUCGUUAACACAGCUGGUGCAACAGUCUGCUGAAGCCACGGCUCCUCCUCCUCCUCCAUCGGGCACCUCCAUAGUGAUGAUGUUCUGUAAAGGCGUGUAACAUUGACAUAGGUUUUACAUCGCCCUUCAGUAACUUUGCAUGCAGAUAUAAUAACAUCUAAAGAAUACAUUUUUGUACUGCUCGGCUAGUUUUUUUUUUUUAAUUAAUUUAUUUUUAUAAGCAGAAGCAGCCGUCUGACGUUGGUGUUACUGUGAGCGCUUCAGUUCUCUGUAAACUCCCGGCAUGUCGUUGUGGUACCUUUUUUAAAGACGCCGCCUCCCUUUUGAUUUUCACCUCAGUGGAACAUACAGUACCUUUGAGUUUGAGUCGCGCUCAUUUUCAGUUUUUUGUCCUGGUUUUUGUACAUAGAAACACACGUGCGAUGCAACCCAGGUAGAUUUAUGUGUUCUUAAGAGUUGAUGAGCAGUUCAUUAUUUCUUUAUUUUUGAAAUAUGCAUGUUCAGUUCAAUUGAGGUGAAAGAUCUAUGAAAACUCGGAGACGUUUAUGGAACAAUACACACGUUUGCAUGCAAUUUACUAACAUAACACACAUUAUUAUGAGAAUAUCCGUCCUCGUAUCUAUGUAUUAUGUAGAGCUCUUUUUUUUUUUUCCCCCAAACUAAUGGGCCAAAUAUCUAAUACCAACACUUCAGAUGCUUUAAAUACAUUCCAAAUUUUUUGCUUUCUUUUGAAAAUCCAAAUUUAUGUUCUGAUUUUGUUUUAAAGCGAAUAUUUUUGUUGCAGCCGGUUUUUAUUUCCUUCAGCUUCGUCUUGUGAUUCCAAAAUGCAGUAAAGCUCCAUGCUGACCAGUGUUUGUAUAUAUUUCUUGCUCAUCGUGUAAGAUAUAGUGCUGUUUACUGUAACUCAUUCCAGUGUGGUAUGGCUGUGGAUGUCUUUCCUGAGAAGGAAAGGGGUUUGCUCGAGGGGUCUGUGCAGAAGGUUGGUGGCAUGCUUCAUGUUUUCUCACUCGAGUCUUAAUUAUUUGUCACCAGACACUCCGACAUGUGUGUACAGCACCUGCAGGAAUUGUCUACGCCGCCGGUUUAAAAGGGCUCCGGUUAUGGUUUCUUCAGCCGAUGGUGUCUACAGAAAACAUGGUGCAGAGGUCCAGUUAUAUGAUAAACUUGCAGAAUAGUUUGGAUCAGCUCCUGAAGCCUGAAUCCUUCAAAGCUCCUCUGGAUGAGAUCCAAAGGAAUUUUUCAAAUGAAUGAAUGAAAGUAAAAUACACUUCUCGUUUUAUAUUGAUCGAAAACAGCUUUGUUUAACAUACUCCAUUAACGGCUAUAUAAUUUUCCCUCCAGCUGAUAAUGUAGGAUCUGUAUCACUUUUUCUCUCAGUAUCAGUGUGUUUAUUGAACCUUACAAACCUAAAAGUCUGCGACUGUACAGGCUGCAAAGCUCAUCACACACCUGAAAACAAAAUUUGCAAGUAGAGUCCAACUUUAUUGUCCUGCUGGGAUCAAUAAAAGUCCAGCAAGACAAUGAGAACAAUAAAGCAAAUAUGCAAAUAAUCAGUGUUAAAGUUCACUGUCAGAGGAAAUGUUACCUGCCAGUGUAACCUCCAUCUAAUCAGGGUAAAGGACAGUGCAGCUUUGCAUAUGUGGACGCUGAUCUGUGGGGAAAUAAGGCUGCCGGCUCUGCUUAACCACACCCUGUGUAGCUCUUUGCCACCAAUUUCACCCAGCGGCAGCAAGCGACCUCCCACAGCCACUUAUUUCCCUGUCAAUCACUGGUUACUGAGGGGGGGGGGGGUCUCUCAGUCUGACCACCAAGUCCUUUUUUACUGGACAGAUUUAGGUUCCUGAAGUAAGCAUUACUCCACGAAGUAAAAAGGCCGAAUAAAACUGGUAAAUCAGUGCAGAAGCUCAGAAAUCCACAGGAGGAGAUGAACACCCCCCCUCCACCACCACCACCUCUGUGAUUUCACAGCUUCAGUUUCUUCAGGAGAAAAAAAAAAAAGUGUUUGUCUCAAUGCUGACAAAUAAAUGGGAAAUUCUUAUAAAUAAGAGAUUCUGUCUUGAUCUCAAAUUUAGGAAGCCCUCUGUCACAGCAUUAAAAACAAACGUGCUUUGGUUCACCACCUUCUGGCUGAAGAAAUCCACACCGGCCGCUUUGACCCGACUGCGGUCGUGACAUCACGCCCCGCGUGGCGCCGCGUGUCUUCCAUCUCCCCCUCUCUGUUGGUUUUUGUUGUUUUUGAGCUGCGUUUGCAGCAGGCAUUUCAGAGUCUCGACCAAAACGAAACAUCAGUGUACAAACCGUUAGCUGCUGGUUGCUUUGCUCCUAAUUGUGACUCGUUGCAGUGUUUAGUGCCGUUGUAGAAAUCGUGAUGUAAACUAUAAAUUAUGAAAGAUUUCCGAUCCGACGGAGCUCGCACGCGGCGUUUGGAAAGCGCGCGCUUCGUGUUUAUCGAUGGUAAAUAGUUGUGUGUUAUUUGAGAAUUGUUUGCUGUUAUGUUGUAAAAUCUGCACUAUGUCUGGCAUAACAAAGACAACAAAUACCCUGUGAUUAUUAUUAUUUUUUUUGUUAUUUUCAUUCAUCUCUGAAUGACUUUGGCCUCUGUUUGUUUAACGUCUUUAAAACUGGAAUGUUGUACAUUUAGUGCCUUUUACAUUUCAUCUGCUAACUUGAACAUCUGCUCAAAAUAGAAAUAAGAUUCAUCUAUUUUCCUUUUCUUGUAUGUAUUUUUUUAUACACAUAAUAUCGCCUGUAUCCACUGUUCAAAUUUUAUAUAAAACUUAUUCCUGGCCAA